AUGCACGAAGAACUGCCGCUUCUGUCGGCGCUGUGCCGUCGAGGGGAGAUGCCCUAUCGCCUGGCCAAGCCAUUUCUGCAACAGUGUCGUCCCGACCAGCUUCGUGCCAUUGAAGCGGCAUCACCGAAGGCACGUCAUAUUGUCCAUCUAACGUUAGAAUUAUGGCAUCGAGCUUGUGUCCGCGACUUCUCUGACGUUCGCAAAGCCGAGGAAGAAGGCACACUGUCCACGCCGACGAGCUGGCGCGACAUGUAUGCGGUAGGUGGGCGUAGCACUGAUCCCAGAUGA